GUUUACUUCGUUAUGAGUUUUCUCAGCCGCUGUGUCUGCUGUUUGGUUUAACAAUUUAUUAUAUUUUAGUAAGAAAACAUGUGUUAAUAGUUGUUAUUUCCACCUAAAACUGAUUCUGGAUAUAUUUCUAAUUCUCACAAAAGGCCAAGGUUAUUAUCGACCUGUCAAGAAGACAUUUUUUCGUGAAGCUGUACUUGCAAAAUUCGCAAAAUAGGAGACGAAAACCCCUUUAAGUUUUCAAAUUUUAUAUCGAAUCUGCCACCAAUAGGUGGUAGAGCGAUGCCUCGUUGCAGUAAACGUACACGGAGCGGUGCCCCCGCUAAUGGGGGCGAAGUCCUAUCAGGGGCGACCGCUAUUGACGACCAUCACCACCACAAGAGAUCUAGAAAUAGCAGUUCACGUCGACAUUCCAAAUCAGAAGACACAAGUUUUAGCGUAAAGAAAUGUUUAGCAUGGUUUAAAGAAUACACAACUGCCUCAGAACCAGAUGUAUUAGGACCAGAAGGCAUGGAAAAAUUCUGCCAAGACAUUGGAGUGGACCCCGAGAAUGUUGUAAUGUUGGUCAUAGCAUACAAAAUGGGAGCAAAACAAAUGGGUUUCUUCACACAAGAAGAAUGGUUAAAAGGUCUAACAGAUCUACAGUGUGACAGUGCGCACAAAUUGCAAAACAAACUAGAAAACCUCCGCAGCUUACUCAAUGAUCCCUAUAUAUUUAAGGCCAUCUACCGAUAUUCUUAUGAUUUUGCUAGGGAUAAAGACCAGCGGUCAUUGGAGACAGGAACAGCUCGCGCACUGCUAGGUGUUUUACUCCCUCGCUGGGCGCUCCGGCCGGCGCUGUCCGACUUCCUAGCUCGGGAGCGUCGCUACCGGGUCGUCAACCGCGACCAAUGGUGCAACAUACUGGAGUUCAGUCGCACUGUCGAUACACAGCUCAACUCAUACGAUGCUGACGGAGCCUGGCCGGUAAUGCUAGAUGAAUUCGUGGAGUGGUUGCGGGCGGAGCGCGCCGGUGACGCCGCCAUGCCGGCCGCCAGCUGAGGCCGCGUCGCCCGCACUGCCGCCGUGUCGUGAGAGGGACCCGCCAGGCCGCUACAAAUGAAGUGCUAACACACUCAACAAACUCAUACUUCCUUCCAGUCACCUCAUUAGAUCAUGUCGGGUCAUAAAUAUCUUCAUUUCUCCCCAUAAAAUGAUUAUUAUCACCCUACAAAAUCAAAUAGUUUGGCCACCUUAGCACUCCAUUUGUACUCUUGUCCGUGGAUAAUGGGAAAGACAUUGUUUCUAACAAUGUGGAUAGAUUUUAUUAUGAAUUGGUCAAUAUAAGGAAAGUGGAAAAGACUUGAUUAGAUAUGAAGGGCUAUAUCAAUGGUAUGUUAGAUCUAAGUUAGGGAAUGUGUGUGCUCUCUCACAACACAAUGGUAAGUCCUAUAAUAUUGUUACUCUGGUUAUGUAGACAUGACAUUGUUGUCCGUUAGAGACAGGAAUUCAGUUUUAUUUAUUUACCAUUUUUCUUUUAUACAUCUUCAUUUCUCUGUAAUCAUAUCGAUGAAUGUGAUUAGAACAAGCACAAGAGUUAGGAACUCUUAAUUAUUGUAACAACUUCAUAUUCUUUGGUAUUAACAUCUAUGAUUAUGGCUCAAGGUAAUUGAUCUGACAUAGAGAGUGAAUGAGUAUAAAAUCUUCAAUUACACAUUUAGUGUCAUGUCUACAUAUCUUUUAGGAUUAAAAUAUUGCGAGAUGUUCCCAAACUGUACUGUGUUAUUUAACAAUUAACAAGCUCACUCGCUGAUUUCCUUGAAUACUUGAGCCAUAAGGGUCUGUAAUGUAAUUUAUUAACAGUUAAACAGGGCAAUUAAUUAUUACGUGAUUAAUUUAUAUUGCGGGCGUUAGUUGCGACUCUCCAAGCAUUCUAUUUGAUGGAAACAGUGUGUAUAAAGAUUUAUAGAAUAGAGAAUAAACUCUUGUCUUGCUUCUUAACUCUACAGUCACAUCCACACUCAUUUUUCAUUGUUAUAAUGUUGCGGAACCACAACGACUAUUUAAUUUCAUUUUGACUACGCUAGUAUAGAAGGCGCUCCGCCAUUCAUGCCAAAAUGUAGUGAUGAGUGAACAUUUCAAUGUGUAUGAGCCAUUAAUAUUUUUAUUCAUAUCAUGCGAGCUGUUUCGGGUAUUUUGUCGAGAGAAUGAUGUAAACUAAUUUGUAACGACUUUUGUAAAGAAUAAAACAAGGCGGUAUUGUUUGUACACAAUAUUUUUUGUUUUCUUUUUUAGUAGAACAAUUAUCGCUUAACGCGCCCCUAGUACUAUAUUUUUAAAAAGCAUACUGCACAUUUUCCAUUGCCAUUAUUUCACAAUUUUUGUAAAUAUUGGUUGGCCACAUGAGGAGCUUGAUACAUCAAUGGUCAGUACAUUAUAUUGUAUUUUGUAUGUAUUAUUUGUCCAAUUAACUUGGUAGACAUAAGUUUACGUGUAUAUUUUUAGCAUUUAUUUUAGAUGUAUGUAUAUUAUGAUUUUGCAAUGCUCCUCUCAUACAAGUAUAUAUUUAAAAAAUAAAAUAUGCAAUCUCAUACAUCAAAAUCUGCUGACACAUGUUGAAUAUAUUAAUUUGCCCACCGAUCUUUAUUAUUAUGUUUGCAAUAAAACAGUACAACAACAUGAAAAUACUUUGUUUUGAACAGGAUGUGUAUAUUUAUUUUUAAGCAAUACUUGGUGGGACUAGCCGUAGCAUAUUGCAAUUCAAUGAAAUGCUUCGAUUGUCUGGUAUCUGCUUCAGAUGGCCUUUCGACUGAUUUUGAACACAAUGCAUAGGGUAACUAAACUGAAUGUGUUUGUGCGAUACACAUAUCUUGCGUGUUUCUUUAAGCAUUCAGAAAAUAAAGAGGACUGGACCUCGAAGGCAAAGUGUCUGCUAUUUCGAAAUAAAAAAUGAAAUGAUACUGUUAUGCUUUAAAUGUUUCUGGAAAUUAUAAGACAAAUAGUGUAUGUUAUGAUACUACAUGGAUAUUACACCUAUUUACUUCUUGUUCCAAUCAUUGGAUAUUUGAGAAUAACAUAGACUUUGUUUUAUGGCAUCUAUUUUACUGAUUAGCAUUAUUGAUCAUAACUUUUCCAAAAUGAUGGAUUGUAUGCUUUGAGUCCAAAUGUUAAUACUUUAUAGAACUAACUAUUGUGUCUAGAAAACCUUAUUAAAUGUUAUUAUAAACAUAAACACGCAAGAUAUGCUAUCACACAUUCACACAAAACUGAAAUAGAGUAAAUCCAAUAUACACCAUAACUUUAGACUGGACUACUGAGGCCACUUCAAAUCAUGUUCCAAUAGACUAGCUCUGUGUCUAGUCUAACACUAGAUUUAGGUGUAGAUAUCGUUUUUAUAUAAGACAUGUAGGUAGCAUAUUCAAAUUAUCUGAUUAUAAGUAAAUGGUUUCUCUGUAAAAUACCGUGUAUUCAAAAUUUAUCGCAAAUCGUUUAGGCCAAUGUACCGGAACUUAUUACAUGAGGAAUAAAUAAAAACAUUUGAAAGUGAA